AUGAGACGGAUGUCUGAAGGCUUUUUCCAUAAUUCCCACUCUAAUUCUAUCAUUUUCUGUCUGCUAUCACUGGACGUGUCCCGUCAUCUCUGUCCAGAGAUCACACCAAACCUCAACAUGUUGUCUCCACGCUCCAUCUCUUUUUUAGUCUGUUCAGUCUUGGGACUGGUCUUGGCAAUCCCUUCUAACACUUGUAUUGUGAUGGGUAAUCUGGACAUCAUCAGAAAGAAAGGGAAGUUGAGUCCCUCCGAUGUGAUCUUUCUGGGGAAGGGAAUUGUGAAUAUUCUCCUCCAGGGUUUGAUCAGUCUACAGGGAAUGUUCUUUGCCUUGUGUAUGGAAGUCUGUUUUGUUACAGAAGUGCGUGGGUUUAUGAACAUGGCAGUUUAUUUCCUGACAUAUUACAGCUUCUGGUUGACCUUCUGGCUCUCGGCUCAUUACUGUACCAGCAUCACCAAUCUCAGCUAUGGGUUCUUCAUCUGGAUAAAGAGAAUUGUGUCCAAUUUCCUGAGUCACCUUCUAUUCCUGACAGCACUUGGGAUGUUCAUUGUGAGUGUCCCGUGGUUCUGGGCUGUGCAUGGAGGAAGUCCUCUCCAGUCACUGAAGAACAGUACAAGAGCCUUUGUUAUUAGGUACGGUAUUCGUCUCUCCUAUUUUAUGCCUGGGAUCUUCCUAGGUGUCAUUCUUCCAUUCUGCCUUAGUCUUCUGUGUCUGGUCCUGACUUUCUCCUUUCUGCUCAGACACGUCUGGAGAGUGAAGAAUAACGAAGAAUAA